CCGCCAUCCCUCUGCGGGUGGGCGCCAUGGGGAGUGACGAAUUUUGGCCAUGCCAUGCCUGAGAGAUCCUGGUGGAGAGAUCGCUCCUCGAGCCGCUCAUCGUCCUCAAAGUCGUCCUCGUCACGAUCGGACCGCGAGCGAUACCGUGGAAGGGGCAAACAUCGGCGAAGCUCCAGCCGCAAGCGUUGGACGCAGCGCUCCCGAUCUCGUGCUCGGGAGAAGUCGGACCACAAGUCUCGAAUUUGCAUCCACUGGGAGCGCGGCCUCUGCACCAAGGGCGAGCAAUGUAACUAUGCCCAUGGGGCCCAUGAGCUGAGCGCCGUUCAGGCUGGAACUUGGAAAACCGUUCUCUGCAAUCACUUUGAGAAGGGCACCUGCACUAGAGGUAGCAAUUGCUCCUUUGCACACGGUGAAGAGGAGCUUAGAGAUAACUACAAGACGAUUCUGUGCAAGUACUACGAGAGCGGCAACUGCAAGUCGGGCUCCAAAUGCAAAUUUGCGCAUGGUCUCAAAGAAUUGGUGAAGUUGGACCCGCCAAAGAUCGAGGUAAAGGUGGAGAAGAUGCCGGUGCCGGAACAACCCAAGGAUCUGCCGAGAGCCGGACCCGAGGCGACGCCAGAGAAGGUGGAAGGGAAGGCCAAAGAGCCAGGCGGCACCAAAAAUAUCCCCUGCAGAUAUUGGCAGAACGGUUUUUGCAACAAGGGAGAAAACUGCCAAUUUUCCCAUGAAGGUCCACAAAAGGAGCAACCACAGACACAGGGCAGUUUCAAGACCAUGCUGUGCCGGUACUUCCAAAACCACGGGCAAUGCUCGAAAGGCGACAGCUGUAGCUUUGCCCACGGUCCAGAAGAAUUGCAGGGCAAUGGCACUGUUCCCCAGGAGGUUCAACCCGCAGCGCCAGCCUUCAAGACAGUCCUUUGCAAAUACUUUGAGUUGGGACACUGCACCAGAGGGGAUGAAUGCACUUAUGCCCAUGGCAUUGAAGAACUCCAGACUCGAGAGGCUGGCACCUAUAAAACAGUGCUGUGCAAAUUCUUCGAGGCUGGCAGUUGCAGCCGCGGCGCCAGUUGCACCUUCGCGCACGGAGACGGGGACUUGCUGGCUGAGGCGCCCAGCGCAACGGCUGCACCCAGCGCCGGUGCCUGCGCAGUGGCGGCCACAGCGUGGCCCAUGACGUCGCUGGCGGAUGCCAUUGCGCAGAGUACGGGAAGCCCGGAGUUGGGAGUGGAGACCAAUGGGCCGGUGGGUGUUUUAGUGCAGCCCACCAGGCUGCUGUCUAAGAGGCAGCUUGAGCUGAAUGCCGAAGCACAGAAGCGAGUGAAGGUGACCCCCAUGACCACUGUGACCCCCACUGUGACCCCGGUGGAAGUCAAACCACGAGUGCAAGUGAAGCGCUGCGCCUUCUAUGCGGUGGGCCGCUGCGCCAAAGGAGAUGAGUGCCCCUACUUGCACGACUCUCAGCCUCAAGAACUGAGCCCAUCCCUGGCGGGCCUGGCGAAGGUCGUGGCUUCUGCACCCACUGAGUCUAUGCCCGCACCCACCCCCGUGCCGGUGCGCAAGACGGUGCCGCCAGGGAUGGCUGUGACAGUGCCACCACGGGAGCUACCCACAGUGCCGGAAGUAGCCGCAGAUGUGGAGGUGGAGGUGGAAGCUGAAGCCGCUGAAGCAGCCAAUUGGACUGAAACUCAACUGCCACCGGUCUUACCGGUCUUCAAAACAGCAUUGUGCAAGUUCUUUGAGCAAGGGAGCUGCAUGAAUGGGGACAGCUGCACCUACGCGCAUGGGGUGGAAGAAUUGCAGCCGCUCUACAAGGCGAAACUUUGCAACUUCUUCUUGCAGGGCAUUUGCACCAGAGGUGCCAACUGCACUUUUGCGCAUGGUAUUGAAGAACUGCAGGGUGAACUGCAGGGUGAUGGCAGUGCUCUUCCCCAGGAGGUUCAACCCGCAGUGCCAGCCGAGCCUGCGCCAGCCGUGCCGCUCAAGACAGUCCCGUGCAAAUACUUUGAGUUGGGACACUGCGCCAGAGGGGCCGAAUGCGCUUAUGCGCAUGGCAUUGAGGAACUCCGAGAGGCUGGCAUGUACAAAACGACGCUGUGCAAAUUCUUCGAGGCUGGGGGUUGCACUCGCGGCGCUAGUUGCACUUUUGCGCACGGAGAAGAGGAGUUGCUGUCCGAGCAGGCGAUAAUGACAGCUUCACAAGAUCCAAUGAAUCCUGUUCCUGCAGUUCCUGCAGUUCCUGCAGUUCCUGCAGUUCCGGCUGCCUUCUCCACAACUGUUGCUGAACCGCCGGCAGCACAAUUCUUCAAGACGGCCAUGUGCAAAUUCUGGCGAGAGACCGGCACUUGCAUCCACGGAGAAAACUGCAGUUUUGCCCAUGGAGAGGAAGAGAAGCAGCCUCUCUACAAGGCGAAACUUUGCAACUACUUCCAACAGGGCCAUUGCACCAGAGGUGCCAACUGCACUUUUGCUCAUGGUGUUGAAGAACUGCAGGACGGAACUGCCCCUCCGCCAUCCGUUGCUCCUACACCUCUGGCUGCAGACUCUGGUGUUUCCAGUGUUGCCGGGCCCUACAAGCUGACGAUAUGCAAAUUCUGGGAGCGAGGCGCUUGCUUAGCAGGUGACAGCUGCACCUAUGCCCAUGGAGCAGAAGAGCUACAACCCCCGAAGGAACCAGCUUUGUACAAGACUGCCCUGUGCACAUUCUAUGAGCAAGGCCUUUGCACAAAGGGGGAAACUUGCACCUAUGCUCACGGGAUUGAGGAGCUGCAGGCGAUGGGGACAGCUUCACAAGAUCCAAUGAAUCCUGUUCCUGCAGUUCCUGCAGUUCCUGCAGUUCAUGCGGUUCCUGCAGUUCCUGCAGUUCCUGCAGUUCCUGCAGUUCCUGCAGUUCCUGCAGUUCCGGCUGCCUUCUCCACAACUGUUGCUGAACCGCCGGCAGCACAAUUCUUCAAGACGGCCAUGUGCAAAUUCUGGCGAGAGACCGGCACUUGCAUCCACGGAGAAAACUGCAGUUUUGCCCAUGGAGAGGAAGAGAAGCAGCCUCUCUACAAGGCGAAACUUUGCAACUACUUCCAACAGGGCCAUUGCACCAGAGGUGCCAACUGCACUUUUGCUCAUGGUGUUGAAGAACUGCAGGAUGGAACUGCCCCUCCGCCAUCCGUUGCUCCUACGCCUCUGGCUGCAGACUCUGGUGUGUCCAGUGUUGCCGGGCCCUACAAGCUGACGAUAUGCAAAUUCUGGGAGCGAGGCGCUUGCUUAGCAGGUGACACCUGCACCUAUGCCCAUGGAGCAGAAGAGCUACAACCCCCGAAGGAGGUGAAGGCGGCCCUUCCUUCGGGCGCGCGGCCCAGCAUGGCGCCCAACAUGGUGAUGGCGAAGGCGAAGGUGGUGCCACCCAAAGGUCCCUGGGAAACGGUGGAUGUGGAGAGCUCCGACUGGGAAACACAGCGCUGGAAAACACAGCUUUGCAAGUUCUUUGCCAUGGGCACUUGCCAAAAGGGUGAAAAUUGCAGCUAUGCCCAUGGGUCCGAUGAGCUUGAAAUGUCCAUCAGCAGAGGCAGAGGUGGCACUGUCUUCGCCAGCGGGCCAAUCAAAGUGAAAGUGGAAGACACCAAUUGAGAGGGACACGGUGGUCGCCCAGCAAGAAAAAGGGGCACUUGACGAUGGGACAUGGGAUGCACUUGGGACUUGGAACACUGAAAUGAC